AUGGCAUCUUUUAGAAUUCACGAGGAUCAAGAAAAUUCUGCACUAGCCUUGAGGAAAGAUGCAGACGUUUUUGCUGCUGCAACUCAGAGGCGUGCAUUGGGUGACCUAAGCCAGUUCACCUGCAACCAGACCCGCAACGUUAAAAACGUUGGUUUAACGACUGGACCGUGUAAGGUUCAAGAUGAAAAAAGAACAGUGCGAAAUAUUAAGAAUGAAAAGAACAUCGUGCCUCCCGUGGCUCAGUUUCGCGCCUUUAGCGUUUAUGAAGACAAGCCAUCGAAGCCGUCGCAAGCAGAAUUGAAGAAAAGGGAAGAAACUUUCAAGCCAUUUAUCGCUAAGGAGUUGAAGAAGGAUAACUUUUUCCUUAAUGCAGCUGAAAAUGUCAAGGCUCUCUGUGCUCAAGUUGAAAAACAAAAUGAGAAACCAAAAGAUGCUCCCCAAAGAAAACCAUUGCAAGAAAAGGCUGAGGAGGUUAAGAAAGAAGAAAAAAAUGUGGUGGAGUCACCAAUGUCAGUUGUUGACUCAAGCAUUCUUUCCAUGUCAAUCUCCAAGAAUGAGAGUCAGUUACUAGAAGAUAUCGAGGAAGAUCAGGUUACAGCUCGCAAUGACAAGGAAAUGUUUUUCCAUGUUGUAGAAUACAGACAGGACAUCUACAACUACAUGAGGCAGAUAGAGGUUAAGAACCGAGCUAACCCUCGCUACAUGAAUAAGCAACCAGACAUCACGCAUGUUAUGAGAUCAAUUCUCAUUGACUGGCUCGUUGAAGUGUGUGAUGAGUACAAUCAACAGAGUGAAACACUGCACUUGGCCGUUUCAUAUGUUGAUAGAUUCCUGUCUUAUAUGAGUGUAGUGCGCACGAAACUUCAGCUUGUUGGAACAGCCGCAACAUACAUAGCCUCAAAAUAUGAAGAAGUGUACCCGCCAGAAGUUUCCGAGUUUGUGUACAUAACUGACGACACAUACACAAAGAAGGAAGUCCUCAGAAUGGAACACCUCAUCUUGAAAGUGCUCUCUUUCGACCUAUCCACACCCACAUCCUUGGCUUUCCUCUCACUCCAUUGCAUAGCUAAUGGACUCCCCAAAAAAAUAUUCCAUUUGGCUGCUUACAUAGCAGAACUGUCCUUGUUGGAAGCCGACCCUUAUCUGAAGUUCAAGCCAUCGGUCAUCGCGGCGAGUGCUCUAGCGACAGCUCGCCACUGCCUGCUGUGUGAACGAAGUGACUGCCAGGAAAGGUCUUCCGAUGGUGAUCUGUCUCUACGCCCGCAUUGCGCUAACAUCGCCUGGCCCGCGGCACUUGCUCAGAGCUUUGGAUAUUCUGUACGCGAGCUGGAGUCGUGUCUACGUGAGUUGGCGAGGUCUCAUGCGCAUGCGUCUGCACAGCCCUACCGCGCUAUUCCGGACAAGUACAAGAAUAACAAGUACGAUGCUGUUUCAACAAUUGAUCCGAAGCCUAUGUACCCUGUGAAUAAGUAUCAACCCCCAGCGCCUACUGCCGCUAGACCAAAUGAACCCGCGCGUACUGCCUAG